CCAUCUUAAUACCGGUGAGUAAUGAUCACUUUGGUUACAUUUCAAGCAUUUAUAUAGAUUAGAGAAGAGAGGAAUGGGGUUGACGCUAUGGACGACUUGUGUUCUGUUUGUCUUAGCUUGACAAGUCUUAUGGUUGACUCGGUCUUGCAUUGUGUUACUACUUAGAGAAGAGAGGAAUGGGGUUGACGCUAUGGACGACUUUGGUUACAUUUCAAGCAUUUAAUUAGCAUACUUAACGGGUAGAACUCCACUUUCAAUAUGUAGUCUAUAAAAUAUUAUUAUCUUAGUGUUUUUUUAGUUAAAUAAUGACAAUUUAAUUUUAACAAAAGUUGAACUAUUAAAAAUUAGACAUGUGGCUAGAACCUGUAUUUUACAGUAUGUUAAAAGUUUUUUUUAGAUAUUUCUUCUGUCGUAUUUUUUUCUUCUUCUUUACUUUUUUUAUGUUACUUUUUGAGGAAAAUUGUUUUUAGGCAAAAAAAAUUGGUGAUUAUAUCCCAUUAGACUGAUCUCAUAUUUACAUUAGGUUAAUUAUUUUUAAAAUAACAAUAAUGCUUUUAAUUUCCAUUAUAAAUUUAAAAUUACAACUAACAAAACAAUUGUUAUGUAUUAAAAUAUAAUAAAUAAUUAAAAUAAUUAAAAUAGAAGAAAACAUUAAAAAUUCUCAGAUCAGGAAGAAAAAAAAACUAAACGGUGAAGGUGCUCGAUCCAGUGGGACCGAUCGAUUCGUUAUCACUCGGUCGAUCUGCCCAGUCGAUUCUCAUCAAUGGAAUAUAAAAGAUGGCGUGAGAAAAAAAAAGUCCUACGACUGUUUUUUUUAAUUUUUUUUUUCUGAAAAAAAUCGAAAAACAAAAUACUUUUGGGGAUAAAUUUUUUUUUUUUUCAUUUUGGUGAUCUUGUUCGCUAAUAAACCUGGUGAAGGAUCAUAUAAAUGCUUUUGUUAUCAAACCAUGAGCACAACAUGACGAUAAACACAAAGCGUUGUUUUGUGAUUAGUAAUGGGCUUGGCUGUGAAAGCCCAAAUACGUUUUUUCUGUGUCCACAACUUGUUGGCGUUGAAGUUAACCGAUGACUUGAGAAGAUUGUGGUACUGGUCCCCCGCACGUUCAAAGACGGUGGUUUUUUAAUUAAUUCGAUGAAUAAUAAAGAAGCAAACUCUCGUGUUAGUAGGAUUAGUAUAGUACUUAAGUAGUAGCACAGUGUUUAUUUUUGUCUAUGAUCUCUAUCUUGAAAGUUAUCACUUCCACACUUGAACUACUACUACUUUUAUUUCAAUAACUGGUCCCACCGACUUUUUUGUCUUCAUUGCAUGAUCUGAGUCUGAUCUCAUCUCUUCUUCUUCUUCUUCUUCUUCUUCUUCUUAUUUUUGCUUUUCAUCUUUCUCUGUCUUCCACUUGCUAAAUCCGCAUUUAAUACCUGGAAGGUCUUCCUGUUUUCUCGUCAAAGUCUACAUUGGUGUUUUACUUUUAGACAAAACUGUGUUUCAACUUUUGUGUGUUGUGUGUGUCCACCCGAAGCAGAAAUCUAAACUCUGAAAAAGGUUUUCUUCUGCUGAGCAUUAAUGGGGGAGAUGCAAGUUGGUGUUGCCACUAUUGACGAUAAGGGGCUUUAUGGUUUGAUGGAAGAUAAACCGGUGGCUUCAUUGAACCCGAGCUUGCAAGUGUCGGUGUCAUUUGGUAGGUUUGAGAAUGAUAUACUUUCAUGGGAGAAGUUCUCUGCUUUCUCACCAAACAAGUACUUGGAGGAAGUUGGUAAGUUUGCAACUCCAGGUUCCGUAGCGCAAAAGAAAGCCUAUUUUGAAGCUCAUUACAAGAAGAUCGCUGAGAAGAAAGCUGAGAUCAUUGAUCAUGAGAAACAAAUGGACAAGAAUGCUUCUUUUAGAUCGGUCGUUACAAAUCAGGGGAGCAUGGAAGGCGAAAUUGAUGAAGAAUGUAAUGGGCAGUUCACUUGUGAAGAAGAUAAGCAUGUGACUGAUAUUGCUAGUGAGGUGAAGGAGGUUAAUGAAGAAACUAUCAUUGUCAAGGAAUGUCAAAGCUCGGUUGAUCAGGUGAAGGAAGAAGUUGACAACAGUCUUGAUAGUCCUAAGCUGGAGAUAGUAGAAGAGGUUGCCCUCAUGGAGGAGAAACCAGAAGAGGUUUUACAAAUUGGAGAGAAAGAUGUAUCAAAUGAAACGCCAGUGAAGGAGAUGGAAACAGAGAAAAACUCAAAACUAACCAAGAAGGAUGUUAAUGCUAGGAUCAACCGUACAAGAAACUCUCCAAAGGUGAGGACAAAACCGACAACUAACAAGAUUGUAACAAGUAAGAAAAGCCCACCAAGCAAGGAGAUCAAAAACAUGAUGAAACCAACGAAGAAACCAGCACCACCUAUCUCAAAACCCUCACCAGGGCUUUCAACUCCAAGAGUGUACAAGCCAGUUUCAAAAACCACUUCUUUGUCUACAUCACAGUCUUCGGUCAAGAAGGAAAACGUCUCGUCUUCUUUACUGGGAAACAAGCAAACCGCUCCAAGGUCAUUGCAUAUGUCUAUGAGUCUUGGUCCAUCUGCAUCUGAUCCUACAAGCACUAGAAGAUCAUUGAUUAUGGAGAGAAUGGGAGAUAAAGACAUUGUGAAACGUGCUUUUAGAACAUUUCAAAAGAGUUAUGACUUCACAAGUUCUGUCGACAAGCAAAAGCCAGCUCUGAAGCAGAAUCUUGCAAAGGCAACCAGUGUUCCAUCAGUAGCUACACGUCAGAAGGAAAAUGGCAGGCCUACAAAAUCAAGUUGCGUGGAGAAGAGAAGUGGUUCUAGUGCUAUUCGUUCUUCAUCUUAUGGACUCAAAAGCAACAACACCGCUGAGAACAAACAAACAAAAGGAGCUUUCCAAAUCUGGUGCAACACCUGUAGAGAAGGCACGGUUGCUGAAGAACUCGAGGUUUACAAAGUCUUUUACUUUUUUAAACCUAAGAAGAUAUAUUCUGGUCUUAGUUAUUUUCCGGUUUUAGCAGGCUGGAGUGAUUGAUGCCAAAGACCGGAGGGACUCGAUCUUAAUCCGAAAGCAAAACCCAUGCAAAGUUCUCUUCCAGUACGUACCAUUCCAAAAGGCUCUUCAGAAAAAGGUGUUAUGAUUAGUUUCAUCCGUCCUGCUUUUGUUGUAAUCUUUGUCCACCAAUGUUGUUCCAUUAGUCUUGAGUUGAAGAGCCGAUGAUCUUUUUGUUUAUAUAGAGAAUUCACUAGUUACCUCAGUGUUUAAUAUCCCUCAGGGGAUGAUGAAUAGUUAUAAUUUACAUUCCUGUGUAUGUGUAUACACUACGAGGACUAUGUUGCAAGUCCUGCAGUUUCUUUCACAGAUGAGACAAGAGUUACCAUCUUGGGUUUGAUCAUCUUAUAUGUCUUGAAAGACAUAACGAUUCCAUAAAGGUGAACGAAGCAAGAGAACUAGGUGGUUGGUUUAUAUAGUCAAUACCAAAACGAUUCUAUUAUAUACAAACCUGACCAAUGGCUUAAAAGUGUGUUAUUAAAGUCGAUCGGUGAAUAUAAUCAAAUUUUAUGAAAAUAAAUGUUACAAAGGGCAUGCCGAACAGCGCAGUAUAGUGAGAAUCCAGAGACGUUUAAAUAUCUAUCUUCUUCUCUCUUUCCGAACCCAAACUGUGUCUCUCUCACACCUAAACGUCUCCCCCGCAGAGUUCUCCUUUGACAGUUCAGUCUUAUCUCUCUCGCAUCCUGCUCAGAGAGAGGUGUAGUGGCGGUUCUCUUCCGGCUGUCAUUUAGGGUUCGUGGCUUGGAGGAAUGAAGGAAGAAUCAUCGAGAAGAUAGAUUUAUCUCCUCUCUGGAUAUUCUUUCUUUUGAACUGAGAUUAUUUGAAAGAAGGAAUAAAAAUGGCAGGUCAUAGAUCCAAGUCGGAGAAGCAGCAGGUUGUGUGUCUUGACUCCGUAUAAGUCUCAUAUGUGAGUGAUAUGGUUCUCACAGGUUGAAAAGCAAUGUGCACACUUUUA